GAAAAGAACACUUCCGGCUCCGCUGUCAAUGGAGGUGUAACAUGUCUGCCUGCUUCACCUUGCGUUUCAAAAUGAUACACAGGGUCCUUAGGUGUGCCUUCCAGCUGCCCGGUCCGUCCGUUAUUCGGCUGCAGCCGAUGUGCGUCGCUGUCGGGGAACAGAAUCCACCAUGCGGGACACUGGAAACGACCAAGGAGUACAUGUUUGUUGAGCGGCUGAUCCCCCCGACCCGGGUCCCCGUCCCGCCCCGACACGACGGACCUGCUCCGUCCGGCUGGGCUCCUCCGUCUGACGUGCCUCCGUCUUUGCCUUACAUGGUCCGUCGGUCACGAAUGCACAACAUUCCCGUCUAUACGGACAUCUCCCAUGGCACGAAGACCACCGUGUUGCGCCGAGUGGAGGGGGACAUCUGGGCGCUGGACGGGGCCGUGAAGGAGCUCUUGAAGCGGCUCACAGGGACCGACCGCACAACGCAGGUCAACGAGGUGACCAUGAGCAUCCGGAUCAAAGGACACUACGACAAGGAGAUCAAGGAAUGGCUGAUGCAGAAGGGGUUCUAGGAUUGACUCAUUAAAAUAGUUAUCUUCAAGGUCAGGCUGAAGAUGAACAGUUCCAGGGGUCAACCUGGCCUUCUCCAGGGGUCCACCUGGCCGACCCGAGCCGCCAGACCAUGGGGGCUUAAAGGGGCCCGAGUGCUGGACUAUGCCUACGUUUAGAUUGAUGUUGACUACUGCUAAUUUGUUUAUAUGAUAUAGUUUGCAUUGUUGUUCACAUCAAAUAAGCUUGCUUUCAUAACAUUAAAUUUAUAAGCAGUCA